AUGGUGAAGCAUACAAAUCCAGGAUCUGUUACAAGAUUGGUAAAGACAGAGGAUGGACAUUUUUUAUAUGCUUAUGUAGCUCUUUACGCCUCAAUUAAAGGAUGGGAAUAUUGCAUGCCUGUUGUUGUUGUUGAUGGUAGUUUCUUAAAAGCAGCCUACAUGGGAACAAUUUUGACGGCUUGCACACAGGAUGCAGCAGGUAAAAUACUUCCAUUAGCUUUUGCUGUAGUUGAUUCAGAGAAUGAUGCAUCAUGGAAAUGGUUUUUCGAAAGGAUCCGAGAGACCUGUGGCACAAGAGAAGGUAUGUGUAUCGUAUCUGAUAGGCAUGAAAGCAUUCUGAACGCCACUUCUGUUGUGUAUCCAGGGGUGCCUCAUUGUGUAUGCUUAUACCACCUUUGGGGCAAUAUUAAGAAAAAUUUCAGGAAGCACCAUAAGGUCCUGAGAAAAAUAUUUUUUGCAAUGGCUAACGAAUACACAACAGAGGAAUUCAAUCAAUACAUGGCUGAGACCUAUAGCAUUGACGAGAGGGUGAAAGAAUACUUAUUCGAUAUUGGAUAUCACAGAUGGUCUAUUGCACACUCAAAUGUUAAUAGAUUCAUGGUGAUGACUUCAAAUAUUGCCGAAUCUGUGAAUGCAGCUGAUAAGGAGGCCAGAGAUCUUAUAUAUGAUUUGGUGGAUUACUUGAUGAAGAUGAUUGGUCGCUGGAACAAUACAAACAGAAAUGAAGCAAUUGCAACAGGCACAACACUCAGCACAAAAUAUGAACACCUAAUGAGGGAGAAAAUGAAGGAAUCACAGGGAAUGAUGGUUGUCCCAUCAACGGAAUAUUUGUAUACAGUUUAUGAUGGAGGUAAACGUCAUAUAGUCAAUAUGCGUGAAAGGAUAUGCACUUGUAGGCAAUUUCAAAUGGAUGUUAUGCCGUGUAAGCAUGCUUUCGCUAUUGUGAGAAAAUACUACAUGAGUGAAUAUGAAUAUUGA